UUGACGUGAUUGCAGCAUUGGGGUGUGGCUUUACGGGAUGCGGAAGUAGCUUCUGCAAGACUCGGUAAAGCAGCCGUUUUGAUAUUGUGCACUCAGCUGUUCCAGGACAAGAAGAAAGGAUGGCGCCAAAGAGAAAGGCAGCAUCUGCCACCAAAGCAGGUGGAAAGAAGCUAAAAGAGGAGGCUGAAGCUCCAGUAAAAGACAAGUUCACCUCUGCUAAAGAAGCUCUGAAGGCCACAGGGCCACAGGUUAAAGCCAGCCGGAAACCAGACUGCUCAUGUCCCCUAUCAGAUGCCGAGGUUCAUGAAGAUUAUGAUUGCAUGCUGAACCAGACCAACAUUGGAAAUAACAACAACAAAUUUUAUGUAAUCCAAGUCUUACUGUCAGGAAGGAAGUAUUAUUGCUGGACAAGAUGGGGCAGAGUGGGAGAAAUGGGACAGAACAAUUUAGCUGGACCAUCAAACGUUGAUGCUGCCAUUAAGAACUUUGAAAAAAAAUUCAAAGACAAAACAAAGAAUAACUGGAGUGAUCGGGAUAACUUUGUUUCUCAUGCGGGAAAGUACACUCUGAUCGAGGUGGAAGGAGACCAGGAGGCUGAAGUGAUGGUUGAUGCUGUAGGUAGCAGCCAAGCGACAGUAAUCAAGAACAUUCUGCCUUGCACACUGGACAAUGCAACUCAAAGACUCAUCCAGUUCAUCUUCAACAAUGACAUGUUCAAGGAGGCCAUGGAGAGCAUGAACCUGGACAUUAAGAAGAUGCCACUGGGGAAGCUAAGUAAGCAGCAGAUUGCUAAAGGCUUUGAGGCAUUAGAAGAGAUUGAGGAGGCCCUAAAGAAGAAAAGUAAUGAAAGCAAGUUAGCAGAGCUUACUUCUAAGUUCUUCACCAUUAUUCCACAUAAUUUUGGCCGCAAUAGACCCCCUGUUAUCAGAGAUGAUGCCAUCCUUCAGGACAAGAAGGAGAUGCUUCUGGUCUUGGCAGAUAUAGAGAUAGCCCAAAGCCUUAAAGCGGAAUCAGAAAAAAUGAAGGAGGAGAUGGUGGCGACUGUUCCUCAUCCUAUAGACCAGGACUACCAGUCUCUAAAAUGCAACCUCACACUCAUGGAUAAAAAAUCUAAAGAGUUUAAGAUUAUUGAGAAGUACUUAAAUGCUACUGGCCAAGGACUGUCCAUAAUAGAUGUAUGGCAGGUGGACAGAGAAACAGAAGGAGAGCGCUUUAGCGCCAGUGAUGCUUUGGAGAACCGGAAGCUGCUGUGGCAUGGCACUAACGUGGCUGUGGUGGCGGCCAUUUUGAAAAGUGGUCUGCGCAUCAUGCCACACUCUGGUGGUCGAGUGGGGAGGGGGAUUUAUUUUGCCUCAGAAAAUGAAAAAUCUGCUGGUUAUGUCCGAACAUCAAAGGAUAUUGGCAUUAUGUUUCUGAAUGAAGUUGCUCUGGGCAAGGAAUACACCAUCACAAAGGAUGACUCAAGCUUAAAGAAGGCUCCUAAUGGCUAUGACAGUGUGGUAGCACGUGGGACACAAGAACCAGAUCCCUCAAAAGACGUCUCCAUUGAGCUGGAUGGGAAGAAAGUGACUGUGCCACAAGGGAAAGCCAUAAAACAAGCUCAGUACAAAAACAGCCAUUUCUACAACAGUGAGUAUCUAAUUUACAAGGAGAGUCAGUGUCGCAUCCGUUAUCUGCUGGAGCUGCGCUUCUAACUUCUGCUGCAAGGCGACUGGCAAAAUAUACAGAAAAUUGCUCUGCUAAUCGUUUAAACUACACAAAAUUGCUUUUGUGUAUUACAUUACAUUCCUAGUCAACCAAAGUCUGUCAAGAGUCUGAUUUGCUGACAAGUUCAAUAAAAAAUUAAUUUGACUAAAUAAAGCCAUCAGGAAAUUAAUAUUUGUUGAUGAGGAUUAUUUGCUGAAUCCUUUCAAAUUACAACCACAUUUUUAUAUGUAGCAGGCAUUUUGUUAAGUCUGGUUGUUUUUUCUGCCUUUGGUCAAGACAAAUUUUGAGUGCCUUCCUUUUAUUAUAUAAUCUGUUUGAAUGGUGGUCUGUGUAUCCAUUAUAGUUGAAUAGUGCACCUUCUAAUAAUAUCCCAUGUGGAGCGGAGAUGUUUGCAAUAUCUGAAGAAGUUUAGUUAAAUUGCGCUGGAAUUUCCAUUUAUUCUGUUAGACUGUUCUAUACUGGCUCUCUAUCCUGACUUUCUUUUUAACUUCUUUGAAGUUUCAGGUUAUAUUCAUGCUUGUGUUCCUAGGUUUUUGUUUGUUUGUUUAAGAUGUUCUUGUUUUUUUUGCUUCGGCAAGAUUUUAUGGUACCAUUGUCAACUGAAUCAUGUGCAGCAAGAAAGGGCCUUUAUUCAUCUUAGGGUGGAAAAAAAUAGUGCUGUCUGGGGGAAAAAAUAAUUUUACACACUUAUUUGUUUGAACUCCAAAAUAACUUUUGUUUUAUUGUUUAACAAUUUUAAUGGAUUUAUAUUAGUUAUUUAUAAACUUUUUUUUAAAUUGAUGAGUAAGACUAAAUUAAUUCUAAGAAAAGCACCAUAGUACCUGAAUACUUUGUUUCCAAGUCAGCUUUUCAAAGUGGUGAUCUGCCUGGGGCUCAUGUAAAGUCCUUCAGAAAGUACCAGAUGCAAAUACACCUUGAAAAAAAACCCAUCAAACCGCAUACAGGAUUCCAUUUUCUUAUUUCAUGCGGCUUCUUGAAAAUGUUAUGAGGUUGUAUUUGGCCAUUAUUCUUUCUGUGUAGUACUUUUGUAGCACAUCAUCGAUUAAUGAGAGAUGAUUAACUACAAAGUUUUUGUUUUUGAAAGUGUGCUCCAAAUUGAAGUUUAUUAUGCAUCCCUGGAUAUCGCACUAUGAAUACAACAUGGAAAACGUUGCCUCUAAUGCUUGUUGAAGUCCAGUAUAUUGCAUAGUCUAAUUGCAUUUUGCUUUAAUAAUUAAUUUUGAAGGAAUGUCAAGCUCUAAAGAGUGCCUUGGGUAAACUUCUUGCUGUGUAUCUCAACAGGUGGGAAAAUAAAUACAUUGUGCUUAAA